AAAGACUUUCCCAGUGACAUGGAAGCGACAGAGCCCCAGUCGGAGGCGACCCGGUCCGAGGAGCCCCAGUCGGAGGCGACCCAGUCCGAGGAGGUGCAGCAGGAGCUGCCCUUUGACCAGCGCGACUGGUACGCCAUCGUUCGCGGCCAGCAGGAUGCGGAGCGCGCGUUCGACGAGCUGAUGGAGGGACGCAGCGAGACGCUGCUGGAGUACUCGACGCGUCUGGACGAGCGCCACAAGCGGCGCCAGCAGUUGCGCGAGACGCUGGCCGAGCAGAUGCCCUGGUCCGACGCCCACUUCCUGGCCAUCAAUGUGCGCAGCGUUCAGGCCGUCGCGUGCAGCUGCGAUGAGGACUGGCAGCGGAUGCUGCGCGGCAAUCUGGGCGCCACGGUGCGCGUGAGUGUGGGCCCGGCCACCUUCUGGUGCAUUGGGGCGUUGCUGACGCGUCACAGCAGCUUCUUUCGGCGCCAGCAGUCGCUGGCGGAGGAGUGCAGCCUGCCGCAGCUGACGCCUGUGGGCUUUCGGGCGGCCUACACCUGGAUGCGGCUGCAGGAGCCGCUCGAGUCGAGCAGCGUGCACGGCGAGCACGGCGAGCCCGAGCAGAUUGUCGAUAUGCUGCACAGCGCACAGCAUCUGGAGAUGUGCGACCUGGAGAUGCUGUGCCAGCGCUACCUCUGCUCGGAGCACUUCAGGGAGGGCCGCGCCCUGCAGGUGUACCUGCGCGCCCGGCUGUACGGCAAGGCGGCCAUGGGCAAUCUCUGCCAGUCGAUGCUGCAGCGCGUGGGCAAGUACUACCUGACGAUGGUGGCCAGCCAGGAGUACGCGGAGCUGCCGCUGGAGGACGUGUGCCUGCUGCUGGAGCAGGACAACAUUGGCGUCAAUACGGAGCUGGAAAUAUUUUACGGCGCUCUGCGCUGGCUGUGCAUCGAUCCGGAGGAGCGCAUCGCGGCCCUGCCCCGCCUCAUGGAGUGCGUCCGCUUCACGUGGAUGCCCCGCACGAAGCUGCUGGAGGUGUGGUUCUGCCUGCUGACCGCCCGCCAGGGCAUUGCCCUGGAGCGCGUUCACAUGUCCGUCGAUCCGAUUAUCGUCUGUGCCGUCGCCUACUGCCCCGGCCUGUGGGAGCGCGUCAACAAGGCGGUGAGCGUGGCCAAUCUGCGCCUUCAGUUCGACAAUCGUCCGCUGCCGUCGGCCCUCAUGCGCGCCUUCAAUCUCCAUCUGGACCCGGUGCGCGAGUGGUACUACGACGAGUGCUGCCCCUACCACAUGCUCGAUCCGCAGCCGCCGCAGCAGAUCGAUGUGGCGCCCAAGGAUUUCCUCAGCUUUGCCAUCUCGCUGGCGCACAAGGAGCAGGAGCUGCUGCGCUCCAAGGAGCAGGACCUGACCAAGCUCUGGGAGCCGCUGUGGGACCCGCAGCGCGAUCACCCGAGCGACGUCCUGUCGGUGACGUCGGCUGCCAGCUGCCAGGCCGACUGGCUGCAAGCGGCCCUCGACAACAGCCAUGAAGAAUCCUUUUCAAGCACUGCACUGCCCUUCGCGGACAGUCAUGCCACAUCGCCCAGCCGCUCGCCGUCGAUCAGCGGGCCGAGCAGCCCCGCCACCUAUGCGCGUGCCUGGCAGGCCACGUCCGCCUGGCUGCGGAACGUCCAGACCCGCAGGCCGCCCCGAGAGCGAGAGCGAGAGGUGGCCGAGGCAGCGGCCCCGAUGGACGUGGACAACGUGCUCGCAUCGCUGGACAUCGACGAGCUGCCACAGCUGCAACGGUGGGUGGGAUGA